UGCGGUGGACGGCUGGGCCGCUGAGCCGUUCGUCAUCGCCUCUCUCUCUUUCUCUGUCUCUCUCUCUCUUUCUCUCUCUUUUUUUUUUUAUCCCAGCGUCCCUCCUGCGUAUGCAUAUAUGCGACGGUCUGAUUUCAUAACGCGGUGAGGAGGACGAGAGGAAUGGGGCUCUGAGAGGCGGAUGAACAUCAACCCCAUCGGUCGGCUCACCGUGCAGAGCAGCAGCUACAGCCGCCGUCUCCACCCCGCCGCUGUUCGCCGCCGGUGCCGCGCAGAGGAGAUGCGCUAUAGCGGAGGCUGCUGCUGCUGCUGAUGCUGCUGUUCUUUGCGUCUUGAGCAUCAUCGCCGCGACGGCCAAAGGGUGGGCACGGGGGGGGGUUGGGGGGAAAUCGAUCUCCGGAGCCAGGGACACACGGUAGACAGGGACAGCAGAGGAUGGAGUUCAAGCAUCUGGUGGAGGCGGCGGAGAAGUGGUGCUCCGGGAACCCGUUCGACUUGAUCUUCGCCGAGGAAAACGACGAGCGGCGGCUGGACUUCUACGCAGAGCCCGGCGUCUCUUUCUAUGUGCUGUGUCCCGGCGGCACCGACACCUUUCAUGUUUGGAGCGAGAGCGAGGACUGCCUUCCGUUUCUGCAGCUGGCCCAGGACUACAUUUCCUCCUGCGGGAAAAAGACUCUGCUGGAGGUGUUGGAGAAGGUCUUCACGUCCUUCAGGCCUCUGCUAGGUCUUCCAGACAUUGAAGAUGACAGCUUUGAGCACUACCAUGCAGACAUGGAGGGGGAGCCUGGGUCUGACCACCAGCAGAUGGGGGUCAGCCAGCAGUGACGACCCGCUGAGAGGACCCCCGAGCCUGGGCACGACUGCUCCUGAAGACUUGGGCCUUGAUACGUUAGCUCACUUAACAGCACACACUCUUGCAAACUUAUAGUUGACAUGCUGAACUCUCACCACCUUGUUCUUGAAUGUUUCAGUGGCUUUGCUUUCCAAAGACUGCACUUUGUUGACCUCCCCCACCCCGUACUUUUCUAAAAGACACACACAAAAGUUUGCAUUUUCACAUAUGUUAGGACUUUGUAUUGACUUCCAUUCAUUUUAGUAUAAUGACAUUUAUGCCUAGCCUUACCAACAACCCUUACCCUUACAAUUACCAGUAUAUUUGCAAUCCUAAACCCAACCAAAACUGGAUUCACACCAUACCUCUCAAUCUAACUAAACCCUAAAAAAGGGGGCCCACCCCACACGUAACUCCCCAAAGAGUUUGGUUCCCAUGAGUCUCUUUUGGACUUAUGGGGACUUAUGGGGACAUUGGUCCCCAUAAAUAUUUGUUUUAUGGGGACAUAGGUUUAAUUAUACCAAAAGAUCCUAAUUAGGCUACACAACUAAGUACAAACACAAACAUAUAUACACAAACAUAUACACACACCACUCUUAUGCUUUGGGGUUAUGUGAGCUGUAGCCAUGUACGAGUUAUAAUCAUUCACAGUCUGGUUAGUUAAAGUUCCACAGCACAGCAAUAUUAUAUCAGCUUUGUUAUGCAGAAAAACAUUCAGAUGUUACGGCAAUACGCACCCCACCCUCCAUGCCAACCCCGACCUGUGGAGGCGAAUGUGGCAGAUUGCUAACUUUUUCAGCCAGUCUGACAUAAAUGACGCACAAAUAACCAAUAACAUGGGGGAAAAACUGACAGUUUGUGGCUACGUGAAAGCAAAGGUCUAGCAGGUGCAGGAAAGAGAAAGGGAAGUGAGGAAAUAACGUGCAGUUAGUCGUGACACAGAUUCACGCUAGCAACAUCUAACAUAAACGCAGUCAAAUAGGUUAAGGUGAUUCCCUUGAUGCAAUCGCUCCUUUGUGUGGACUAGAAAACUCUACAGCUUUUCCUAGUAGCAUGGAUCAUUUUAAAGUGUUUGUUAAUGUUUGUAAAGCUGUGCAUCAAAAAUCAGUUACAAGUUGAAGAUCUUUUUGACCACUGUUGCUAUCUUAUGACUGUCACAAUAAUAGCCUGUGCUGCAGCUUUAAUCCUUCCUUAUUUGGGUGUCUCGUCACCAUGCGACACCCAGCCUCUUGAAUGUUGUAGUCUUCCUAUUGGUCCGAGGUGUGCCUCUCUUCCUGGGCACCACCUGAGGAGAUAACCCUUGUAAAGCUUCCCAAAAUUCCUUUCUUUUUCAUGAAAUGUUUUCAAUCUGUUAUCUCAUUUAGGGGUUCUUCAGAAUAGGCUUACAAAGGACACACCCACACACCCCUGGAGAGCAUGGGAGGAAGGAGUAACUAGAUACUGUUGACCACCCGGUUUGUGUGGAACGCUAUCAGGCCAAAAACUUGUGACUUUCAUGUGUCUUCAAUGUUUCUACGCCAUUUACUGUAUUUAAGAGGUUGUGUAAACUACAGAAAAUCUGGCGUGCCCUACCAUAAUAACAAUAGAUUAAUAGUGUGCAUUACCUGCAAGGUCUUUAGGCUUUUAAGAGUUUCCAAAAAUUAUCUUUGUUUGUAAAAAUUUCUUAAAAGUUCCUAACUCAUCCAGCAUGGCAUGUCAGGUUUGGAUGUGGAGAUGUGAUUAAAGCAAGUUAGUUACGUCUGACAUACAUGGAGUUGAGGAUUACAUUAGCAAUGGGGGCCAUGGCAUUGGUGCGUCAUAGUUUCCUACACGAAUAACUAUUAGAUUAUACAUCACACAGUAAUAUGAGCUUAAAAUGACAACAUAUUGAUUUAAAAAUUCAUUAAAAUAUUGGGGCUCCUGAGUUUCCCUUGUUUCUUAGAUCUAUCCAAGUCAGUGAUGUUUCUUGAGUGGUUGGUUGAAGGCAAAUGUUGUUGAUGUGUGCUUAAUACACAGACAAUGUGCAAACACGUUGUUUCACGCAAACAACAUUUAACAUACAAGUCACAUGAAAAGUUAUGCGUUUUUGACCCCUUGCCUUCCAUAACACAACUUUCAGUUCAAAUCUCAGUCAAUGCACUGCAAGACUUCCUUUAGCUUUCUACAGCUAGGUCAACACAAAGGAUUAACGGCUCCUCUGCCAAGUUACUUUGACUCGUAAAUGUUUUAUCAUCAUCAUCAUCAUCAUCAUCAUCAUCAUCAUAAUUUGCCUGUUUGAAUGUUUUCCAUGCAGUAUAUCCUCUGUCCUCUGACGUGUGUGACAUUGGUCAAUAAACGGUGUGAACUGAG